CAGGAAUUCAUUCGAUCAACAUGCUCAAACUCGAGCUGGUGCCGGCCGCCGGUGACAAGCUCGUGCUCAAGCUCUCUCCUCCGCCGCCGCUUGCUGACAAGCAGGCGUCUCUGGCGGACAACACGGCCGUCGUCGACUCUGACGGAGGUAACGCCGUCGGCAUCCCCUCCGAGCCCGUCUCGCUCAAGGAUGGCAUCGACACCGGCACCGGCGGCACCUGCACCGCCAACACCGGCACUGGCAACGUCCCGUCCGAGGGCGAGCCCGCCGGCUCGCUCGCCGGCGUCCACUUUGCGGGCGUUUCGCUCGACGCCGUGCCCGAGGCGUUCACCGUCGACGAUCCGGCCGGCGCCAAGGCCGUCGGCAUCCCGCCCGAGAGCGAGCCCAGCCCGCUCAAGGACGGCAUUGACGCGGGCGGCGGCAACGUCGCGGGCGAGUCUUCGCCGAUGAAGUCCUUCGCGAAGGUCGGAAUCGUGCCGGCUGACGACGGCCGCAUCACGCUCGUCAUCUCCGAGUCGGUGUCGCCUUCGCUCCUCGGAGCGAAGGCGUGCGGCGUCAAGGACACCCCCGUGGCAAAGUCUGGCACGGAGGACGUCCUCAAGAAGGACCCGGCCGCGGAAAAGGCGCCCGACGCGGGCGCGGUCGACUCGGACAAGGCCAAGGCCAUGUUCGCCACCCACCCGCCCGCCGUUUUCUGGUCCAAGUUUACGCGCCCGACCGGCCCACCGACGGCCCCCACCGGCGCCGUCAAGGGCGCCCUCAAGAAGGACAUCCCUGCGGCAACGUCUGGCGCGGAGGCCUGCGUUGACGAGACCGGCGCCAUCAAGAACCCGGCGCUCAAGCCGGCCACC